UCAGAUAUGUAGAGCUAGAAAUGUACAGUGAUGCACUGUGGCAGCAAAAGAUAUAUAUAUCUUAUUCAAUUUCAAGCUGAUGCAUUAAACCGUGGUCUGCUGUAACGCACUUGAACUAUAUCGGUUGGUUGUUAAAACAAGUGUAACUUUUCUUUCAGAUGACACACGCAAGCCACCACCCAGUAAAAUGAAACACAGACUCGGGACAUGGAAAAUGAAGGAGGAUGCAGUGACUGCAAACGAGUGAUAGAGAAUACACAUUUUACAGAGAACAAUCGCUUAAGUCUGGAUGUAGAUGUAACUGUGGUUAAUAACAAGAAGCAACAAGAAAAGAGAAAACCCAAAACUAAAGAACUUCGCAGAAAGAUUUCAGCUUUACGAAACACAACAGGUGGUGUUCUGUUUAUACAUAUCCAGCGAAUUACCAGGGAUGACAGGUCUUUGCACUUUCUGAAUGAAUACAUUGAUCCAAUAUUGGAAGCACUUCUUCAUGAAAAAGAGCAAUUUGCUAAUGUUUAUAAAAAAGAUUGGUUAAAUGAAAAUAAAAAUGAACCUAAACAUAGAAAUGCACAUGAAUUUGUGGCAUUGAAGGUUGAAGCUACAUCCAUUGUUUGCACAGCUGAUUACAACACGUCAGUGAUUACUGAUUUCAGCAUUAAGCCCACACCUCAAAGUGUGAUUCGGGAUUUACUCAACUCUGGUGACGCUCACUUUGAGGAAGGACACCUAAAUAGUAGAGCAAAUGCAUCAUGCUUUCAAGAAAGUAGAUGCUUACAAUUUAAGAAGUUGGAAACAAGACAGCUGAUUGCUUCGUACCUGUGGAAUGAUCUUAAAUUGAAGAAAUAUAUAACAUCCUUAACAAAGCUGCCUGAAGGUGGUUCAGUCAUAUUUGGGAUCGACGAACGCCUGGAAGAAGUACAAAUAACAAGAGGAAAUACAUAUAAUCGCAUGACAAUAGAUCGCACUGGCUUCGACUGGCCUUCCCCUGAUGAAUUUAGGAACUUGAAAACAAGUCUAAAAAAACUAAUCAAGGAUGUAAUUGUGAUUUCCCCCAAACCUCCGGGAGUGCAAAGAGAAUUACUAUGGAAUAUUCUUUUUUAUGGAAUACGACCAGGAAAAUUCAUAUUAGAGAUCGCAGUUGGAUACUUGAGUGGGUGUGUUUUCUAUGACUCAGGUCCAGAAUCCUAUAGCAUAACGGAACAUGGCAAUAUACAGAAACUCAGUUUUGAUACCUGGCAAGGAAAGUUCCGAAAUGGACGACGUAAGUCGGGGGACGCAGAAUGCUCAAACCUGGCCCAGCAAUGAUCCUUUCCUUCCGAUCCUGAAACAAAACGAUGAUUCCUUCAGAAGGAUUCGGGACAGUUUCAUCAAUACAGGGCUUACUGUUCGGUAUGACAAAACAUCUCUUCACCAAGAAUCAAAGGGACUUCUGAGACAUAGACUGGAAACAACAUUCAAGAAUCAAGGAGAUACGACUGGUUUAUUGUACAUGACUAACUCACUUUCAGAACUACUGAAUAUAGAUACAGUCUCUGACGCCAAGAUACCCAGUGAUCUUAUGUUUGAAGCCCUCUAUGUUUCUUCAAGUCAAGCAGUGACGCUCCUAUGUGUUGUCAAACACAAACAUGAAAACGAGGGGGAGAAGCUAAAGUACAUCCUGCAACUGACGAGGAAGGUUACAAUGAGGAUUCGACAGUUUACAGAUGAACAUAUCAGCUGCAUGUACGGACUUCUUGACGAUGAUGAUCUUGCCAGUGUAGACACGUUUCAUAGAGAUUUGAUGUCCAUGGAGAAGAAGGCCCGCGCAUACAAUAACCUCUUCUCUUUGAAAAUGACCCAAGACAAAUGCGAGAACAUGCUCAAUGCCUUCAUCAUUGCUGUUGGUACAAGACCGCUGGUCCCUGGUGAGAAGGAUGAUGUAGAACUAUGGCUCCACACAGAGGAACAGUUUUAUGAGCGUAUUGAAACUAUUGAACGAAUGCAGGAUCGCUCUGAGGAGAAAAGCAUUGAGCUGGAACAUCUCGGGUGUCAAGUCUCUUCGCAAAUAACUCUAGACAAAUGUGAGAAAGCAUCCAAUGCAACCAACGUUGCAUUUGGUACAAGACAACCGGUCCCUGGUGGGAAAGACGAUGAGAAACUGUGGAUCCCCCAAACCAUUAAAGGAAUGCAGGAUCGUAGUGAAGAAGAAAUCAUCCAGCAAAAGAAAUCCUGCCAGCAAUUGUCAAGAACGUUCAUGACAGGAGACACUAAUGUUGGGGACAUUGCAGGCAAUAUGAAACCGAGACUUUCACAGCGGGAAGAAAACAGAGGAAGAAAAUAUCCUCGCAGUGAAGUGGAAAUGGUGAAUGCUCUUCGGGAGGAAACUUCACGUAAACUGCAACAAGUCCGUGAUGUCAACUUCCAGAUUCAAGAAUACGUUCCCGUUCUGAAGGCACACACCUCACUACAGACAGCUCCACUGGACAUCGUGAAGGUGGAGACUACAUACAGUGCUACUCAACGGAUGUGACAAGAGUCAAAGAAAACGAACUCCCGAAGUCAAAGGCUCCAGGGUCAAGAUCUACACAAGGCCGAACAUCACGGAUCCUAGAUAGUAUAUGUAUACAGGUGUAUUAAUGUAUUUUUCAACUCGUAUUGAUCUUUCAACUUUCCAUUGAGUCUGAGAAAACAAACUUGGUAUUGGGUAUCUUCUGGAAAAGAAAUACGGAAUAUAUUUUUUAUCAAAAUGAAUGUAAGAAAAUAAAAAUUAGCUGUUUCAGCCUUUGUUUCGCAACGUUUGUGCAAUGCCGACAAACAGGACAUGUUUUCGUCUCGAUCCCUUCACAUCACAUUGUGUCAUCUGAUGACACAUCAAAACCGUCUUGCAGAGUGCAACGAGCGGGAAACGAACCACGAGCCAAAACAAGUGUUUUUAAUUGUGAUUGGUCAGUUGGGACUGUCUGACUCAGAAUUAUGCCUGGGGCUUUAACAAUAUAAUUAUGUCUCAGGACGUUUCUGUGAGUUUGUGUUAACACAGUAUAUCUGGAAUAUAUUGAGGGAGACGUGUGCCAAUAACAUUCCUGUACAAAUAUAGUCUCUUUUGGUUGUAUGAGACAUAGUUACUAUCGUUAUGUAUUUAGUCGUGUGGCAAAAUUAAUCUUUCGCUCGCGAGUCGUAGCACCUUAUGUGACAAGGCCACUCCAGUCCCGGUGGAUGAACAAAUAAUUUAAAGUAUCAGAUUGAUUUACGGAUGAUAAAUUGAAAUUCAAUUAACAUCAGUACACAUAAACCCGAUGUGUUUUUUUGGCAGAAUAUCCUCAUUUUAUAUAUUGUAUAAAACAAUUCGUGCAGGACUUUUUGAACUUCACAUUCACAAGUAAGGUCCUGAAUCAAGUAAUCAUAGUGUCCUGUGUGUUUAAUAUACGUAUUACAAUCUUCUAAUGUUAGUUGAUACAGUUGUCUUGGAACAUGAAUAUUUUACUUUUGAUCUCUUUAUAUAAAUCCGUCUGAUGUUUGUUCAUACAAUUGUCAAGGUACAUGCGUGCUUUAGUUUUGAUCUUUUUAUUAAAUCAGUCUGAUGUUACUUCAUACAGUUGUCUAGGUACAUGUGUGUUUUAGUUUUUAUGUCAUCACUUCAUCCUUCUGAUGUUAGUUCAUACAGUUGUCUAGGUACAUGUGUGUUUUAGUUUUUAUGUCAUCACUUUAUCCUUCUGAUGUUAGUUCAUACAGUUGUCUGGGUACAUGUGUGUUUUAUUUUUUAUGUCAUCACUUCAUCCUUCUGAUGUUAGUUCAUACAGUUGUCAAGGUACAUGCAUGUUUUAGUUUUUAUGCCAUCACUUCAUCCUUCUGAUGUUAGUUCAUACAGUUGUCAUGUGUGAAGCCCAUUUGUGGUGUCCCCCGCCGUGAUAUUGAUGGAAUUAUGCUAAAGGCGGCGUAAAAACAUACUCACUCACUCACUCACUCAUUCACUUACUCAUACAGUUGUCUAGGUACAUGCGUGUUUUAGUUUUUAUGUCAUCACUUCAUUCUUCUGAUGUUAGUUCAUACAGUUGUCAUGUGUGAAGCCCAUUUGUGGUGUCCCCCGCCGUAAAAUUGAUGGAAUAUUGCUAAAGGUGGCGUAAAAAACAUACCCACUCACUCACUCACUCAUUCACUUACUCAUACAGUUGUCAAGGUAUAUGCGUGUUUUAGUUUUUAUGCCAUCACUUCAUCCUUUUGAUGUUAGUUCAUACAGUUGUCUGGGUACAUGCGUGUUUUAGUUUUUAUGUCAUCACUUGAUCCUUCUGAUGUUAAUUCAUACAGUUGUCUAGGUACAUGAGUGUUUUAGUUUUUAUGCCAUCACUUUAUCCUUCUGAUGUUAGUUCAUACAGUUGUCUAGGUACAUGCGUGUUUUAGUUUUUAUGUCAUCACUUCAUCCUUCUGAUGUUAGUUCAUACAGUUGUCUAGGUGCAUGCGUGUUUUAGUUUUUAUGCCAUCACUUUAUCCUUCUGAUGUUAGUUCAUACAGUUGUCUAGGUACAUGCAUGUUUUAGUUUUUAUGUCAUCACUUGAUCCUUCUGAUGUAAGUUCAUACAGUUGUCUGGGUACAUGCGUGUUUUAGUUUUUAUGUCAUCACUUGAUCCUUCUGAUGUUAGUUCAUACAGUUGACAAGGUACAUGCGUGUUUUCGUUUUUAUGCCAUCACUUCAUCCUUCUGAUGUUAGUUCACACAGUUGUCUUGGUAAAUAAAUGUUUUACUUUUCUGUGUGUUUUUUGUGGAAUCUGUGAUAUUCACCUUUCUGUCUUCCUGAAUGUUUACUCAUUGGUUUCCUGAACUGUUAGUAAAUAUAUAUCUUGACAUCCGCAGGGCGUCCGCAGCAAAUUAACAAGACGAUUUAUGAUAUUAUUUCGUGAGUGUAUGAAGCGUACAUAAAAUCAACCUGCUAAGAGUUAAUGUUUUGAAGUCUUCACCAAAUUUUAUUCUGCUUUAAUGAGCCUCAAGAUUAAUGAGAUGUAUUUCAAGUACACCAUACUGACAAAAUGUGUUGUGCACAUUGAUACAAGUAAAUCUAACCGGCAUGAGGACAGCGUAUUAGAGUUGACAAAGGAAGGUGGAGUUUGAAAUCAAUUCCCAACACACAGAGUUACUUCCCUUCAACUAAACCAGAAACAAAC